CAUAAUCAGACACUGUCUCCCGCGGCAGUCACGCUACAACCGCGGCUCAGCAUCUCAUCCACUUCCCGUCUGUCUCAAACUCCCGAGGACUGUGGCGCCCUCUGCACCCUGCGCACUGACGACCACGCGGGAAAUAAGACACGUUUCUCUCUUUUUACCUGUGCAAAGUUUACCGAGCCUGUUUCAAUGGGUCCGCGUGCUGUCCUGCUCUGCUCCCUCUUUGGGAUCAUCCUCACUCAAGGAACUAAAGAGAUCACUUUGGAGGAUUGCUGUGAAGAUGGUCAGUCACGUGGCAAGAUGGAUGAAGACUGCUCCUCUCUCCCUCUAAUGUCAGAUUCAGUGACCUGCAUGAUAGUCAGGGAGCAGUGCUGUUUGUCUGUCCUGGAGGACAACAUGUGUAGCACCGGCAUCAACACAGCCAAGAGCAACGGAGCCUGCGAUGCCCUGUUCACCAGCACCUGCGAUGCCAAGACUACAAAGAUGUGCUGUGGGUGCUGUCUGUUGGGGAAGGCCCUCCAGGAGAAAGGCCUGCCCUGUGACCAUAAGCUCUCAGUCAGUUACCAGUGUGCGCUUGUGUCCCGGGCCUGCUGUGCCGAUAGUGUCCAUGACAACCAGACGGAUUCAACAGGGACAAAUGAGUUGCCAAACAAAGAUGAAACCCCAAAAACUGGAGAUAACUUUGUGUUACCAGAUCAGUGCAAUGGUGCGUGUGCUCAUCAGUGUGUCGGUAACAACACCUGCGGCUGCCUCAAAGGUUACAAACUCAAACCAGAUGGAAGAAGCUGCGAUGAUAUAAAUGAGUGCUUGUUGGGCUCCAGUAACUGUCGCAGUGGAGAGCGGUGCAUUAACACAGAGGGGUCAUUCCGGUGUCAGAGGGAGGUCAGCUGUGGGACGGGCUAUGAGCUCACUGAUACCAACGACUGUGAAGAUAUAAAUGAGUGUGAGGCAGGCAUCCAUAACUGUGGUUCCGAGUUUGAGUGCCAAAACACACAGGGCUCGUUCCGCUGUCUGCCCAAAGUCAAGUGUGCCUCUGGCUUUAUCCAGGACGCUCUCGGCAACUGCAUUGAUAUAAAUGAGUGUUUGAGUCAGACUGGUCCCUGCCACAGAGGACACCUUUGUAUCAACACGGUGGGGUCCUACAUGUGUCAGAGGAACUCGGUUAACUGUGGACGAGGAUACCACCUUAACGAAGAGGGCACGCGCUGCAUUGAUAUUGAUGAAUGCAAGAACCCUGACAAGGUCUGUGAGGGUCAUGGUUGUGUAAACUUGGUGGGCUCCUAUCGUUGUGAGUGUGAAGCCGGAUACAAUUUUAACAGUGUAAGCAGAACUUGUGAUGACAUAAAUGAGUGCAGACACUACCCUGGUCGCCUGUGUGCUCACAAAUGUGAAAACACGCUUGGUUCAUACAAGUGUGGCUGCACCAUGGGCUUCAAGCUGGCAGCUGAUGGCAGAAACUGUGAUGAUUUGAAUGAGUGUGAGGAAAACCCAUGCAGUCAGGAAUGUGCUAAUGUCUAUGGCUCCUACCAGUGCUAUUGUCGCAGGGGCUACCAACUUAGUGACAUAGAUGGCCAGACAUGUGAAGACAUUGAUGAGUGUGCACUGCCCACUGGUGGUCAUAUCUGCUCAUAUCGUUGUCACAACACUCCAGGAAGUUUCCACUGCUCCUGCCCUGUUAACGGCUACACAUUGGCUCCUAAUGGACGUAGCUGUCAAGAUGUGGAUGAAUGUGUGAUCGGGACACACACUUGCACGGUGGACCAGAGCUGCUUCAAUGUUCAGGGAGGAUUUAGAUGCCUGUUUUUUGAUUGUCCGCCAAACUACCGCAAAGUGGGAGAAACUCGAUGUGAGCGCUUGCUUUGCAAUGAGUCUGUUGAGUGCCUGCCCAAGCCCCUGAGAAUAACCUACUACUACCUCACCUUCCCCACCAACAUCCCUGUCUUCACCAACAUCUUCCGUAUGGGCCCGUCCCAGACACUGCUCGGGGACGACCUCCAGAUUGCCAUCACUGCAGGAAAUGAAGGUGGCUUCUUCAAGACGGAGCGGUCGCCCACAGGAGGGAUCCUGUCUGUGGCCAAACUCAUCAACAAACCCCAGGACUUUGAGCUGUCUGUGGAGCUGAGGCUGCGGCGCCACACCUCACUCAGUACUUAUCUGGCCAAAGUACUGGUGUUUGUCACUCAGGACGAGCCCAGAGUGCCUUAUAACCCUCUACUGGAAUGAGUGUUAGCGCUAUCUCUAUCCCUCAGCUCAAAUGUGCCAUACAGAUAUUAGGAGCAGUGAUAGUAGGUGUGCAAGAUUACUGUGAAGAGGGAAAGCCACUGUUUUAACUCUGCAUUUAUGCAACAGCAAUUUAAACAACCAGCACAGAUGAAAGUACGCAAUAGGACAUCUAACUAACGCAGUGGGUUUACUUAUAUUUACAAAUAUUUGCCAAAUAUUUAUGGCCUUAACGCCUUAUAGCAUUAAUAGCUGACCGGGGUAGUUAACAUUAUGGUGAAUUUUUCACAUUACAGCUAAGGACUUGCAAUGUUUUAGAUGUUCCGUUUACUCUUAUGUAGUUUUACUUCAGGGCAAUGCACAUAAGAUGUUAAAACUUUAUUCUUAAUAUUGAGAGAAAAUCUGUUUAGCUCACAGAGAUGAGUACAUACAUUUGUCUGUAAAUAUUGUAACUAAAUUGUUCCAUUCAGAAAGGCACAUACAUGCUACCAGGUCAUGAAUAAAUUAUAAAGUGUUAUUCUAAAUGUAAUACUUUGGGGCAGCCACAAGGUGGAGCCCUAUGUUAGGGUAUACAAAUUGGUAGUAGUCCAUCUGCAGUGUAAUUUAAUGAUAGUUGCAUGAUAAAGCCUAACGCUUUGGGAGUGUUUUAUGGUUUUUGUGUUGGAUGAAUGACUUUCUAUUAAAAUUUAAAUAGAAAUAACA